CGCGGCAGUAAACAUGGCGCAUGGCUAGUCCUUGUGUGCAUUCAGUCCUGAAUGCUGUGAACUUUUGUUUCACAGAUUGAAACCUUACUAAUUUCGUUACUGUUGGAGCUCGAGGUUUCUUGUGUAGGGUGCUGCGCUCUACAGGGUUUGACUGCAUUAAAGGGUAAAAGAGACGCACCAGUACAAUGGGGCGACGUUCAACCUCCUCCACCAAGAGUGGGAAGUUUAUGAAUCCCACCGACCAGGCCAGAAAAGAGGCCAGGAAAAGGGAGCUGAAAAAGAACAAGAAACAGAGGAUGAUGGUGAGGGCAGCAGUGCUGAAGAUGAAGGAUCCCAGACAGAUCAUCAGAGACAUGGAGAAAUUGGAUGAAAUGGAGUUUAACCCAGUGCAGCAGCCCUUGCUGAAUGAGAAGGUAUUGAGGGAUAAGAGGAAGAAACUACGUGAGACGUUUGAACGCAUUGUGCGCUUGUACGAGAGAGAGAAUCCUGACACCUACAAGGAGCUUCGUAAACUGGAAUUGGAUUAUGAAACCAAACGAGGGCAACUGGCUCUCUAUUUUGACUCAGUCAAGAAUGCAGAGUCAGUGGAGGUAGACAGUAUUCCUUUACCAGAUAUGCCUCAUGCUCCUUCCAAUAUCCACAUCCAAGACAUCCCAUUGCCGGGGGCUCAACCGCCCUCCAUACUGAAGAAGAACUCCUCCUUUGGUAAAGGGCCUCUUUCAUCAUCGUCUGGCCCUGUGUUGGCAACAGUACCAGGUGUUCCACGUUUACCUCCAGGGAAGAAGCCUCCUGGACCCCCGCCUGGGCCCCCACCUCCACAAGUCCUUGCACUCUAUGGCAUUCCAUCUCGACGACCUUACGGCACGGAAACCGAACCAUCCAUUCCUGGUUUUGAAAAGGAUACUGGAAUGGAUCUGGGAAGAGAUCGGGACAGUGGAAGUGAGAGUGAUAGAGAUCGAGAUGAUGUAGAAGACGAUGACAGUGACAGUGACGAGGACAGCGAUGAAGAACGAGAUGAAGGAGGAGAUGGUGACCAGAGAAUGAGUAUGGACAGGCUUGAUGAUGAGAGAGACAGAGAGGAGGACAGAGACAGAAGUGAAAGACAUGCUGGUCGCAGUGUACGUUUCGCAGAUAUACCUGCAGAGGCACCCCAUGACGGAAAACGGAAGAAAAAGAGACUAGUGAAGAAGACCAAAGCCAUCACUCCUCUACAGGCCAUGAUGUUGAGGAUGGCAGGUCAGUCAGUUCCUGAAGAAGAAGAGGAAGAGGAGGUAGAGGAAGAAUACACAGAUGAAUCAGAUGGUUCCGACAUUGAGGACAGGGGGCCGCCAGGGGACAACCAGUCCCACCUUAUGGCUGGUCAGCGUCUACCACCGCCUGCUGGACCAGUUGGACAGCAAGGGCCUCCACAUUUACAAGGUCCACCGAUGUCUGGUCCUCCACCGCUGGGUCCUCCCCCAGCUCCUCCAAUGAGGCCCCCUGGGCCACCCUCUGGCCCUCCACCUGGGCCACCACCUGGUGCUCCUCCUUUCUUGAGGCCUCCUGGUAUGCCUGGAGGUCUGAGGGGUCCCAUGCCACGUCUUCUGCCCCCUGGCCCUCCCCCAGGUCGGCCCCCUGGCCCACCACCUGGUCCCCCUCCAGGCCUCCCACCUGGCCCCCCACCACGAGGACCCCCUCCAAGAUUACCACCCCCAGGACCACCAGGUAUCCCACCUCCUCCUCCAAGGGCAGGGGGCCCCCAACGUCCACUUGCUCCCCCUCUGUCUCUCUUUCCUCCUCCCCUCAACUCCAAUGUGCUCAGUGCUCCUCCCAACAUUGUCCAGCGACAGAAAGCCCCAGGAUCCAACCAGGAUGUGUCACAGAGCAACCUGCCACCCCCAGCCAUGCCCAUGCCUAUGCGACCAGGUGUCAUGCAGAUGCCGCCUCCCCCAGGGACAGCUGCUGCCUCUUCAGGCUCCAAUCCAGGCAGCAACCCUGCUGGCCACCACCAUGCCACUAUCGAAAAAAGAGCCAACAUCACUUCUGUUGCAGCUGCAGGGGGGGCGUUGGCAGCAGGUGCAGGUGCUGGUGGGGCCACCAUCUCUGCCAAGCCACAGAUUAUCAAUCCCAAGGCGGAGGUCACCCGGUUUGUGCCAACGGCACUGAGGGUGCGUAGGGACAAGAGCGGAGCAGUACCUGGAGCUGCAGCCGGGCCUCUGGAGAAGACACUGGGUGGUGCUGGUGGAAGGAGGGUAGAUGAAAGCAUGGGAGGGGGUCAGGUACAGAAACAGCAGGCAGCUGCUGCUCAAAUGGUCAACCCAGCACAGAUGGGUGCUGUGUCUCAGCCCAACAUGAAGACUAAGGACCAGGUGUACGAAGCCUUUAUGAGGGAGAUGGAGGGACUCCUCUGAAACUCCAGAGGGUAUUGCAGGGAAAUAGUCGGCUGUGUGCUCUGAAUUUAAGGAGUACAUAUUUCAAAAGGUUACUUUGCAGAGUCAUUGUAAUUUUAAGGCAAUCCGCUACACCCAUGUCUCAGAUAAUUGAUAUGGCUGCUUUGCUCUUCAGCAGUUACGUCUUCAUUUUAUCUGGAGUAUUAUUUGUGACAUCAAAGAGAAUGUGAAUUUGACAUUCACAAUACCAUUAAUAUAUGAUUGGUUUCUUUCCCAGUAGGCAACUCAUACAAUGAACACUAUGCUCUGCACUGAAAGUAAUAUUGCACGACCAAGUGCUUUUGUUCUGUCUUCUUUUGUUCUUCCUGUUUUCCCUCCAGACAGCUCUAUCAUUUGGUGUGAUAAGUAAAGGCAUUUUUUAUGAUUGUAUGAUGUCAGUUGUUUAUUUUAAUAGUGAUAUCUUAAAGAUGUGACAUGAAAACAAACCUGUUGAAUGUUGGCAAAACACGUCUGACCCUAUUAGUUCUAUAGCCCAAUAAAUGCUUAAAUUGUUUUUAA